UAAAAAUAAAAAUAUAAAAUAAAAGGAACACAUUCCAUUAAGCGUAGAAAAAGAAUCAGCAAUCAAACUAUGGGCAACGCUCAAUCACCAGAGGGCGCCAAUCCUCGUUUCACUUCCGCCAUCAGAUCUUUUUCUGAGAAAGAACUCAGCGACCUCAAAUCCUUAUUCGAAUCUCUCGCCGCUCAAUCUCAAUCCGAAGGUCAUUACAUCUCCAUCUCCGUAUUCAAGGCUUAUACUGGAAUCAAAGGACCUUUAGCUGAUAGACUCUAUGAUUUAGUUUCACAAAACCGAAAAGACGACAAACUUACCUUCCAAGACCUUAUUAUUGCUAAAGGGACUUACGAAAAAGGAACUAGAGACGAGAUUGAUGAAUUUCUGUAUCAACUAUGUGAUGUUGAUGGUGAUGGCAAUUUAGUGAGCAGGUCUGACUUGGAAGCUGUUAUAAGUGAAAUACUUGAUAAUGUAUUACCUGUAAAAAAAUCUGAACCCUCAUCGGUGUCUGACCCCAAGUCGAUUAGCAUAUUCCUUGAUGCUUCCAAAUUUACAAAGGAUAAUGAAGGAAGUUCUGAAAAAAGUAUGUCUUUUGAAGAUUUCAGAAACUGGUGUCGCCUUAUUCCAUCUGCCAGAAAGUUUCUUGUAACCUUGUUGAAGCCAACGUCAGAUACUCAAGUUCCUCAUUUGGUGUAUCAAGAUGACAUCGAUUCUAGUAUGCUGCUAUUGAAGGAGGAGUAUGCUUGGCACAUAGGAGGAGCUCUUUCACAUCAAGAAUUGGAUGAAUGGAAACUCAUGUAUCAUAGUGCAUUUAAUGGACUAAGUUUCAACACGUUCUUGGGCAAUAUUUCAAAUGCUGAAGGCCCAACCGUGUUGAUUAUAAAGGACAAGGAAGGCUACAUAUAUGGAGGUUAUGCUUCUCAGCCAUGGGAGAGGCAUGCUGACUUUUAUGGGGACAUGAAGACCUUCCUAUUUCAGCUAUAUCCUACAGCAUCUAUAUAUCGACCUACAGGUGCUAACAACAACAUACAAUGGUGUGCAGUAAACUUCAGUUCAGAUAGCAUCCCUAAUGGCAUUGGUUUUGGUGGACGUACAAGUCACUUCAACCUAUUCAUAUCAUCAAACUUUGAUAAUGGUCAUACAUUCACCGGGCCCACCUUCAACAAUCCUUGCUUGUCAAAAAACAACCACAUAUACCCUGAAGUGAUAGAAUGUUGGGGAGUUGUACCAAAGGGAGGUCAACAAGAAAAGCAAGACGGAAUCAAAGGUACUGUGCUGGACAGAUUUAAAGAAGACCGUAAUAUGCUGAAUCUGGUUGGGUUAGCAAACUCAAGCAACUGAUUGUUCGGAAGCGUAAGAAACCCAGUUUAUAGUGCCCAAUCUUGUUGGAUACUAUAAAGUGUAUGGUGUUUCUCAGCCUGGUGGAGCAACUUGAGUUGAGAUUUUGAUGAACCCAUCUAUUUAAAGGACAACAUAGCAAACUUGAUGACUAGUGGUCUGGUGUCAGUGAUCCCUAAAAACUUAUUAGAUGUUGCUGAAUGAGUAUAUUGUCGCAUUGAAGCUUUUCCCUGUGUGAAUGUUAUAUGUGAAUCAAGUAAAAGAAUCUGUAUUGUUUUUUC